UAAACCAGUGUUGCCUUUUUCAGGGACUCUGCCUCACAUUGAAAGGACAUCUGACCUCAAUGCGCAGUACAAAUGAGUACCACUUCAUCAGAGACCUUAUCUACAGAAAAACUGGAACAAACACACGAACUUGGGUUGGAGGUCAUGAUUCACCAGAGGAUGGCAUCUGGUUUUGGAGUGAUGGCUCCAAGUUUUUGUUUCAUCAGUGGGGCCAGGAUCAGCCAAGCCAUACCGAUGGAAUUGAACACUGCGUCAACAUCAACAAUUUUGGACAAGACUUUGUGGAGGAUUCUGACUGUAACACGAAGCUUCCCUUCGUCUGUUCCAGAUCCCCAUAACCUUUCUCUUCUGAUGUCUAAUAAUCUGAACCGUAUGGCUUUCCUGCUGGUGAUGUCACUUCCACCUGGAUGUCAAGCCUCGAUGACAUCACUGCUGGAAGAACCUGAUUUCACUUCAUUUAUCACUUAAAUAAAUGUUUCCUCUCUCUGAAAUCUGAUUGAUUGAAAUAGAAAAUUUAAAGUGUCAAGAUUCUAAUUAAACAGCAGCUAUAAACUAA